CCCAAGCCGAGGAAGUGUUGCAUCACGACAUGCUCCGCUAGACCGAUCUUCGACGAUAAUAUUUCCGCAGAGUGUCCGACCCCGACACUACACCAAUAUGGCUGAGAGACAGCGCCGCAUGACGCUUCCCAGCACUCCUGGAAGAAUAGACCCCAUUCACAAACAUGCUGUGAAGCCGGUCGAGGAUCCUGCACACGGCGCUGCCUUCAUCUUCGUCCACGGCUUGGGAGACAACGCGGAGGGGGUGCAGAACGUCGCCGAGCAGUUCCAGCAAAACCACAAACUCGACUACAUGCAUUGGAUCAUCCCGAAUGCGAAAGAGAACCGGGAUGCAGGAGAUACAGCUUGGUACACACCCAACAAACUCGAAGUCCACCCCAGUCGACCCGAGCUCGAAGACGACGAAGACGAGGAUGGCAUGUUCGAGACGGUCAAAUACCUCGAGAGCCUGAUUGAGGCGUGCGAGAAGAAGGGCAUCCCCUCCAACCGCAUCGUCCUCGGCGGCUUCAGCCAAGGGUGUGCGAUGAGUCUGUUGACCGACCUGAUCAGCAAGCGGUACAGCGGGAGGUUGGCGGGGAUUGUGGGCUUGAUGGGCUACCUGCCACUGGCAAGAGGGCAACAACUGCAAGAUCUCCGCUCCCACGCAGGUCUGCCGCCGGUGGUGGGCGAGGUGCCGGUGUUUAUCGCGCGCGGGUUGAAGGAUCCUUUGAUCCCGACCUCGGUGUGGAAACGGAGUCUGGAGAAGCUGAAGCUCCUGGGCCUGAACGAGGAGGCCAUGGAGGUGCACGAAUAUGAGGGCCUGGGCCACACGUUGCAUGGCAAGCUUUUGCAGGACAUGUGCAACUGGUUAGAGCGAGUCGUGCCCAAGUUAGAAGACUGAUAGCCCGGGGGGAGCUCAAGCCGCAUCAACUCGGCAGUGGAAAGAGAAUCCGGCAAAUUCUAUCCACAUCUUGAAACAAUCUCUCUUUUUCAAGCCUGUUGUGACUACCAUGAGAUCUUGUUGAAUUUUUACCGUUGAUGAUUCGAAUGUCAGACCGAG